AUGGUCGUAUUCGGAGAUAUGGUACAAACUACAGAACUGAAGGUGCAAGAAUUUAUAUGCCGAAUGGGGAACUCUGGCAAGGCUGCUGCACAUCAAAGGGUUAGAGUUAAUCUUCGUUCACAGUACUCUUCACAAGAGGUGACCAUUGAAGCCUUAGAAAUCCCGGAAAUAGGCAUGAGCAAUCUUCCCGAGGUUGAUCCCAAGACCGUUGAUGAACUGAGUAAGGCUGGGAUGAGCAUAGCUGAUGUGCACGCAGUCUGCAACUCUACGACAGACGUAGGUGUCCUACUCGGCGCAGACUUCUUCGCACCUGUUGUCAGUGGUAGGCAGCAUCGACUACAUGACAAUCUUGUUGCUUGGGAAGCGGUUUUUGGCUGGACGCUACAAGGACGGUCCGGAGUGCAAGCUGGAGACCACACCGCCAUCUUACACGUCAUGGUCUCCAACCCUUCUAACGAUAUGUCUACGGUGCUACAGUCCUUCUGGAAUUUAGCGCACCUUGGAAUAACGGCAGACAACGGACAGUCACCCGACAAUAACUCUGUAUUACAGAAAUUUGAGGACUCUGUUAUGCUUGUCGAUGGAGACCAGGAAGUCAUGAACCAGUAUGAUCAAGUCACCCGUCAAUAUUUUGACAGUAAUCAUGCAGAACGUGUCAACCCGGAGAAUGCUGUGAAGGGACCAGUUUACUAUUUGCCGCAUCAUGCCGUGAUACGGCCUGAUUUCUACGACGACGACCUAGUUAUCAGCGUGGACACAACGGCAGAUGCAGAAAUGCUAUACGAGGAGACUUGCCAGAUUUUCUGUAAUGCCGGCAUUAAGGUAAAGAAAUGGAUCACAAAUGAUGACACCUUACUCCGACGGAUGUUUCAAGACUCCAAUGCCUCAAUCGAGUCAGUCACGGGCCAGACAAAGAAGGUGUUAGGGGUGAUAUGGGACCUGCAACAAGACCAACUCCGGUGUUCUCUUCCAGCAAUGAGCACCUCUUUGGAAAACGAAGUUACCAAGAGACAAGUUCUACAGACCGUUUCGAAGAUAUACGACCCACUCGGCUUGAUAUCCCCUUUUUCGAUUACCGGGAAAAUCAUCUUUCAAAGGAUUUGGUUGGGGGGCUUGGAGUGGGAUGAUCCUUUGCCAGAAGACUUGAAAGUCACUUGGGACCGUUGGAGUGCGGAGGUACAGGAGUUGACAGAGCUGGCCGUUCCUCGGUUCAUAAAGGGUCCGUCGUCUAAUGUAGCUACUAUGGUUCAUCUCUUCGCCGAUGCCAGUCCGGUCGCAUACGGCGCUCUAGCCUAUAUCGAGACGACGUCGGAAGACGGCUUGAGCUCAUGGCUGCCCUACUUGCGGCGCGCCUAUUAUCGGUUCGUCUGCGAUGCCCUAGAGGUGCAGCUAGACUAUGUCUGCUGGACUGACUCCUCUAUAGUCUUGCACUGGAUAACGGGAUCUGCCACCAAAUGGAAGCCGUUCGUUGCUAACCGUGUCAAAGAGAUCAACGAGCUCACUAGCAAGGACAGGUGGCGUCAUUGCGCCGGAGACGACAACCCGGCUGAUCUUCUCACGAGAGCUCAUCAGCUGAAGAAUUCCGACCACUGGUGGAAGGGACCAGGAUGGCUCAGUACUCCGGAAGCAUGGACGCAAGCGGUUCACGCAAAGUCUGCUCGUCACAACGACGAGGCGUUGGAAGAGCUGUGUGUUGAAGUGCACGUGUCGCUGGUCAUUGUUCCUGAGGUUGUCCUUUCCCCUGAGCAUUUUAGUGGAGCCACUAGACUUAUUAGGGUCACCGCCUGGAUUCUUCGCUACAUUCGUAAUCUGAGAUGUUCGCAAGGUAGACAGCGCGGUCCUCUCUCUGCAGAUGAGUUGAAGCGAGCGGUACGGUAUUGGAUUUCUUCUACCCAAGCCAAGUUUCUCCCGCCGACUUCCCCUAUUCUCGACAACUUCCGCUGCUUCCGCGACGACGACGGUAUUCUUCGUCUGCUGGGAAGACUGCAACUCUCUGAGCAGUCGACGGCGGUGAAGCAUGCUAUCCUUUUGCCACCAGCCUCCGAAGCGUGGUUUACGCGACUACUGAUCCUGCGUGAACACGCGCGGAUGUCUCACGCUGGAGUUCAAGAAACGCUCCAUCAACUGAGGGAGGAGUUUUGGAUUGUCAGAGGGAGGCAGUCGGUGAAGUUUGCUCUCCAUCACUGCUACCUUUGUCGCCGCCUAAAGACUCGUGCCUGCACAGAGGAAAAAGCGCCCUUUCCAAAGGCUCGCGUUACCCAGCAGUUUCCUUUCGAGGUGGUGGGCGUUGACUUUGCCGGUCCACUUUACUAUACGAAGUCCGGCGGCGCUCAUCGGAAGUCUUACGUCGCGUUAUUCUCCUGCGCGGUUACCCGGGCAAUACACCUGGAGCUGGUGACUGAUCAAGGAUUCAACACCUUUUUAAUGGCAUUCAACCGGUUUGUCGCGCGUAGAGGCCUGCCCAAAAAGGUAUACUCAGACAACUUCCUCACUUUCAAGAAGGCAUCUCGUCAAAUCCCGGCCACGCUGCCCACGCAAUUCCAGGACGUGCUAGACCAUGCUGCAUCUCGUCGAGUCACGUGGGAAUUCAUCGUAGAGAGGGCAGCGUGGUGGGGAGGCUUCUGGGAGCGCAUGGUACGUUCAGUAAAGGAAGCGUUAAGGAGGACCCUGAAAAGAAGCGGGCUGAAUUUCCAGGAGUUACAGACGGUACUCACUGAGGUUGAGGCGAUCGUCAACUCGCGGCCGUUGACUCACCUGUCGGAAGAACCAAAAGACACUCAGGCUCUUUCGCCAUCGCAUCUACUGCUAGGAAAGAGGUUGACAGCGCUACCACCGCUGAAUUCCUGUCGCGUAGCAUCAACACCCUCUGAUCCCGCAGGAGUACUGGAGUCAAGGGAAAGGCUCCUGAACGCCUAUUGGAAGAAAUGGUCCGCAGAAUAUUUGCUGCAGCUACGAUCUGCCAACCUCAGUCGCCGAGCGGCCCCCAGCCAUAUCCAGCAACACGAUCUAGUCUUGCUUGCAGAUCAACGGACGCCCCGAAUGCUACGGAAGCUUGCACGUGUGGAGCAAGUGCAUCCGGGCCGUGACAAUCGGGUCCUGUCAUGCACUCUGAAACAGUGUUGCGGAUUUGGCCACUCAAAUCGGAUUUAA